CGGAUGUCAGCCAUUUUCCUUGGCUGUAUAAUACUACCACUACCAGCAACAGGAAGUAAACGCGUCUUUAGUCAGGUUUAGUGAGUGUUCAAUGCAGUUAAAUAUUGAUGUACAUAUCUAAGUAUUUUGUUUUUAAGAAGUUGGCACUAUAAGGUAGAAGAGUAUAAAGAAUGACUACUUUAACACACAUAAACAGUAAUUCACUAUACCGACAGAGCUGGUUAUUUCAGCAAGCUGUUACUAUGGAGAUAUGGUUGUGAGCAGACCUGACGCCAUCAGCCGUUUCGUGGUUAGAAGGUUACAUAUACUCGGUAUUCUAUAUAUAUUUGAUAAUCACAUGGUCGAGAGCAUUACACGUUUCUUGUGCUUUGUACGGUAUUGCUAGCGUAUUUAACACUGCAGCAAAAAGCAAAAGAAUUGACGAGUUUGAGUCAAAAUUCAGAAUUUUUAUACUCUUAGGAUAAUUUAAAAAAUGUUUAUCAGCAAAAGUAAUACACGUUUGAUCGUGUUGACUGCUUUUUACUUAUUGUUUUUGGUCAUUGGUGCCUCAAUCUUUUCUGCUAUAGAAGCACCAAAAGAAAUCGACAUUAUCCGUAGCCUUCGAAACCGUCGAGCUAAAUUUCUUCAAGAUCAUUCGUGUUUGAAAGAUGAGGACCUGGAGGAGCUGAUUGUGGAGAUAAUCCGUGCUAACAAUAGAGGAGUAUCGGCUGCUAAUAAUGUUACAAUGGAACCAAACUGGAGUUUUGGACAAUCUUUUUUUUUCUCUGGAACUGUAGUAACAACGAUAGGUUACGGCCAUGUAACUCCACUAUCUAAAGGAGGAAAAAUGUUCUGUGUCCUUUACGGAUUAUUGGGUAUUCCACUGACUUUAAUCUUACUGACAGCCUAUGUAGAACGUCUGAUGAUUCCAACCACGUGGAUUCUCCACUUCUUAAACUCCAAACUCGGGCACCUUUACCAACCUUUUAAUAUUAGGAUGUUACAUUUCUCUAUUAUUGCGGCAGCAAUACUGGCUUUUUUCUUCCUGAUUCCUGCCGCUAUUUUCUCUUACUUGGAACCUGACUGGGACUAUCUGGAUUCCAUCUACUACUGCUUUAUUUCUUUGACGACCAUUGGGCUUGGGGAUUACAUACCUGCAGAUAAUAUAAACCAGAAAAUGAGGCCGCUGUACAAAGUCUGUGCCACAUUCUAUCUUUUGAUUGGAUUGGCAUUCAUGAUGCUCUUCUUGUCGGUCCUGUAUGACAUCCCCCAGCUGAACUUUAGUUUGUUUUUCUUGCUGAAAAGUGAUCAGGUGGCUGGCGAUCCAGAGAAGAUGAGACUAGCCACAGAAACAGGAGGUCCUAAAUAUACUCAACAAAUUGACGAACCUACGACCAGGCACAUCAAAGCUGUACCCCGUAUGGAUUCCUCGUCACCAGAGGACAAUCCUUGACUUAGCUACGCUGUUAUUCGAUUGCAGAACGAUAUUAACCGUAAAAUUAUGCAUUUUGAAAAGCUAAGAUACAGUUUGUUAUGAAAUAUUUAUUUUACACCGUGGUAUUUAUACUUAUGUGAAUAUUUUAAUGUGAUUUUUUUCUUUACUGCUGUUAUAUUGUUGCUCUUUUGCACUCAAUCAUAUAAAGUAUUGUUGUUCUCAGAUUAUAAUAUAUUGUGGUUCUCAAAUAUAGUAUAUUGUGGUUCUCAGAUUAUAAUAUAUUGUGGUUCUCAAAUAUAGUAUAUUGUGGUUCUCAAAUUAUAAUAUAUUGUGGUUCUCAGAGUAUACUAUGUUGUGGUUCUCAGAGUAUUUUUUCCUAAAACUCUGGAUCCAGCAAUAUAUUAAACGAAUCAGAUCAGUACAUUUAGAUUAUAAUCAAAAGCUAACAACAGUGUAACUGUCUAUGUUUGUUGUUUCUUAUAUGCUAUUUGGUCUAGAGAUUUUCACAGGACUUUAUUGAUGUUUGUGUUGUGCUAUAUCCUUAAAAGUGUGCAUAGUUCCCAUAAGUUUGAAUAAAUGCGAAUUUUUAUUUUAAAGAUAAACAUGUUUCAAUUAAAGCAUAAAACACUUGAUCUAAAAAUUGUAUUCAAACUUAGGGAAAUUAACAAUAUACCAACAAAACACAAAUAAUUAUUGUUUAAAAGUUGAAAUUUAGUGAAACAUUGGAAAGCAAUAGGCCUAACAUUUGUGCUAUAAGUGACGCAAAAUUCACAUGGGUUUUUUGUUCCUGUUCAUCAUAGUUUGUUCAUUUCAGAUGUGUAAAACCAGCAUUUCAGAUCUAUCUUUUGUCUCCCAUACAUCACUUCCCCUAGAAGGCUUUCGUUCAAUACCGGAACUCGUUAGGAGGGUUGGGCGAAAAGUGACAAAAAGUUUUUGUGAAAUGCUAUUUAUAAACACAUUAUAAAAGUUACUGUUUAAACGCCGAAAGCUAGCCAACCAUU